AUGGCUGGUCACAAGAUUGCUCAUGCCACAUUGAAAGGACCAAACAUUGUUAAGGAGAAAACCAUCGGGCUGGUGCUUGGUUUGGCUACUGGAGGCCUUUGGAAAAUGCAUCACUGGAAUGAGCAGAGGAAAUUAAGGACAUUUUAUAACUUGCUGGAGAACGAUGAAAUCAGUGUUGUGGCCGAAGAAUAG